AUGCCUGCUCGCAAGCGUGCAAAGAAUCCUCAUGAGAGAGGACCAAAGACCGAGCCUUCACUUGCUGCUCCGCCUUCAUUCGGACAAUCCCUCCGUGGACUCGAGGAAGAACUCGCCGACUAUCCUGAAGUCCAACGCAACGAGUUUCUUACCACCAGAGCCAUUUAUGGUGACGAGUUUGAGAGAGUUCGAGGCAGGAAAGAUGCCUGGAAGACUCAAGAGAAUCUAGCAUUCAAAGUUCGAGUUGGACCGCUUGAAGAUCGCCACUACUUCGUCAAAUUGGUCUUUGAGUUUCCCCGCGAAUACCCAAAGGUUCUGCCCAAGAUCAACGUCGUGGAGAUUCAACCAAAAGAUCCUGAGACCAAACGCCAAGUCGAACACAUCCUAGCCACCGUGCCACGUCAACACCAAGGAAGCGAGUCUGUUUAUGAGGUCAACGCCGCCAUCAUGGACUUCCUUGAACAGACCAUUGUCGCCAAGGCAGCCGCAAGGACGGAACUGAGCCUGGAGGAAGAACGUGCUGUCAGAGAGGCACAAGCCAAAAAGCAGCUUGAAGAACAGGCAGAAAGUGAGCGAACACGGCAAGCUCGAGAAGCUGAAAUGAAAGAAAAGCUGCUGGAAUCUCAGGUCGAAAGCGAGAAACAGCGUCGCCUCAAAACCACUCUCACCCGCAAGAUCACCGCGGAAGAAAAUGCAGAUCUCUACGAUGUCCCUGAAGAACCGGUUCGAUUCGAUCAGUCAAUGACAUGUCGAGAUACAGCGACCACAGCCCCCUUUAAAUUCAAGUCCGUGGUGGGAAGAUCCGUCAUUCUCAAACGCAAAGACAAGAAAAUCACAAUCGUUGCCCCCCGCGUCGACACCGAUCGUGUCCAAGCUCCCCAACUGCUUCUGAAAGAGAUCUACCUUCCCGAUACUCUCGGCGGCAAAGAAGGCGAACUGCAAAAGUGUCUGGAAAAGGUUGAAGAAGCGUUGGAGUCCUCGAAGGAACAUCGCCAUCCAAAUGUUGUCGAUCUCAUCAACUACAAGAUCGACCAUCUGGAAUCCGAUGACGGACCCGGCCAGUGGAGGCUUUCUAUUCUGUCCGAAUUUGCGAACAAAGGGGCCCUCUCGGCGUUGAUUGCCCUUGCUGGAUCGCUCAGUGCGGCAAAAAUCCGUUCAUGGACCCGACAGAUAGUGGACGCGUUGCUUUUCUUCGACCAACAAGGCUACGUCCAUCCAGCCCUUCAUGCCGGCAACGUCAUGUUGUUCAUGUCUCCUACAGGCGGUCUCACAGUCAAGCUCUCUGACGGUUAUGGUACCCAGCUCAAAGAUCUCGUCCAAGCUGCUCGCGAUCCGUCGACCCAGCCACACAAGGAUCUCCCUCUCUGGAUUGCGCCAGAGCUCAAUAGCAAGAACGCCAAGCGAACCAAUAAGACCUGUAUUUGGGACUUGGGCGUGAUAAUCAUGCAAAUGGCGCUGGGCAAUCAGGUUCAGGAGAUGUAUACCUCUCCAUCGAAUGUGCUGGAAGGGGUCGACUUCGAGUCCAGCACCGAGAGACUGAUGGAAGAACUGUUCCAGCCAAACCCCAACAAUCGGCCCACUGCAUUUGAGCUGAGCCGCAAGCAAUUCUUCUACGAAGAACGAGAGGCUAUGUUCCGGAGCUACUCUCCCAACUUGCCCAGCACACCGAGCCGACUAAGACGGUACAGCGACAAAAACCGCAAAUCGCGAUAUCGGGAUGAGUGGGAAGAAUUGGAACGAAUUGGAAAGGGAGGGUUCGGCAAAGUGUUCCGUGCCAGACGAAAGCUCGAUGGGCAAUACUACGCCGUGAAGAAGGUCGAGAGUAGCUCUACCAAGAUGUUGGAAGACAUUCUGCGUGAGGUCACCUUGCUCGCAAAACUCAAUCACCCCUACAUUGUCAGGUAUUACAAUGCCUGGUAUGAGACCGAACAGGACGAGAUCGAAGAAAUGUUUCAGCAACAAGUCCCAGAAAGACCAUUGCCACAUGCCGCGGCUUUAAGCACGGGACAUGACUUCAUGGAGCCAUCUGUUUACCGCAACCAAGGCGUCGAGUACAGUGACUCGGAAAGUGGCAUGUUUGCAUACCAAGCUCCACCUUCGAUCGAUGAACAAGACGGCUACGAUGAUGACGACCGGUUCGACGUGAGCGAGCUAGAGGCCGUCCUGGAGGACGUGAACGAGCCCAGUGAUCCAUUUGCAUCACCAAAUGCGCCUGACGGGACCGAUUUGGAUGUCGACCCUUUCGCCAGCGCUGAUUCACCGGUCGUUGAAUCAAACCCCGUGACGCCGUUUCGUUCACGGUCACCACCUCCCAAUGAGCAAUCCAUGUUAUACAUCCAAAUGGAGUUCUGCGACGGACAAAGUCUACGCCACCGCAUUGCACAAGGUCUCGCUACAAAUGUGACUUCAGUUUGGCGAUUGUUUCGACGCAUCGUCGAGGGUCUUGCGCACCUCCAUAGUCACGGCGUCGUCCAUCGAGAUCUCAAACCCGAAAACAUCUUCCUCGACUCGGACGACACCCCUAAAAUCGGUGAUUUCGGGCUUGCCACUGCUGGUCAAGCAACAUCCAAGCCCCAUCUUUCGAAGCCAGGCAUGGUGAUUACCAACUCUACCGGACUGGGUACGCAAGGCUACACAGCCCCUGAGCUCUACAUUCGUGGUAGUCACUACGACAGUCGUGCCGACAUGUAUUCUCUGGGGAUCAUGUUUCUUGAAAUGUGUUACCCCUUUACAUCUGCCAUGGAGAAGGCUAAGGUUAUGGACGGUCUGAGAAGAAUACCACCUGUUCUGCCGAAAUUCUUCGAGGAGGAUAUCCAUCGUCGACAAGGCGAAAUCAUCCUGAAACUAGUCGAUCCUGACCAGAACCAGAGACCGACUGCCAAAGAUCUGCUUGACAGUGGACUGAUCCCAGAACCCGUGGAGGAGGAAAAGUUGCAACGGUACAUUGACCGGGUGGCGGCAGAAAAUCCGGAGCAAUACCAGGAAUGGGUGAGCAAUUUGUUCGCCAAACCAAACAAUGCCGUAUCAAGCCUGGCCUGGGAGGACAAGACCGCACAUGGCAUGUCUUCGGCGGACUCAAUGUUGUGGAUCUGUGUUUGCGACCAGCUCAAAACCAUCUUCCGUCGACACGGGGCCGUUGAAGCUGGCAGACAGGGCAUUAUCCCCAAGGAGGACUUCUACGCGAAACCGGCGACUUUCCUCGACCCUUCUGGCCUGGUGGUGCAGCUGCCCGUUGACCUCACCCUUCCUUUUGCACGCACUCUUGCGCAGACCACCGGCCAAUACACCAAGACGUACUGCUUCGGCGUCGUCUAUCGCGCCACGGUCCCCGGCAAUGAGCCCAGACAAGUGCCAGAAGUGGACUUCGACUUUGUUUCUCGUAGUGCGAGAGACUUGUCUAUCAAAGAAGCCGAGGUCAUCAAAGUUCUGGACGAAAUGCUGCUGGAAUUCCCUGCCCUGGCCUGUCGCAACUGGACCAUCUACCUCAAUCAUGCGGACCUCAUCAACCUCAUUCUCGACUUCUGUCGCAUUAAACCAGUCGAAGUCUCUACCGUGAAGCAAGCUCUUUCGCACCUCAACACCGGCACGACCACCUGGACUCAAGUGCGUGAACAACUCCGCAGCUCUGCUAUGAACAUCGCCGAGACGUCAGUCACUGAUCUAUCACGAUUCAAUUUCGACGGCGACCUGGAGAAAGUGCGUACCAAACUCACCAAGCUCUUCGGCGACAGCGACCACUUGAGUAAGGCGUUGCCUCUCUUGGCGCGUCUCGACGAUGUCAUCCAGUCUCUCAAGCGCAUGAACAUCCACACCAAGGUCCUGGUCGCACCUCUGAGCAACAACUCGGAGCACCUGUACCGCGGCAGCCUCCUGUUUCAAUGCAUGGAGAGCAACGCCCGGAAGGUCCUGGCGGUGGGCGGAAGGUACGACGCGCUCAUCCAAGAGUACCAGACCAAGUCCGACAAGGGCUCCGUGCGGGCGGCGGGCUUCCGCCUCAACAUCAUGGACCUGGUCGGCUACGUUCGCGGUCAGGUCCAGCCGCACGGCAAGUCGUCAAAGCCCGCGGCCGCCGACGCCAACAAACUCCUCACCCGGUGCGAUAUCCUGGUGACAUCCUUCGACGCGGUGACGCUCAAGACCUCGUGCGUUGAGGUCCUGUCGUCCUUGUGGGCGGCAGGCCUCAGCGCCGAGCUGUCUGAGGAGUUCCGCUCCCUUGAGGAGCUGGAGAUGGCGUACCGCGACAACGCGGGAUACUGGCUGGUGAUUGUGAGGGGAGGGGCGGGCGAGCGCACGUUGAAGGUGCGGAGCCCCUCCCGCUCAGAGGAUGAGGUCAAGGCGGCGGACCUGGUGGCGUUCUUGCGCCUGAAAAUGGCCAAGAGUAGAUAG